GUGUGUGCAGAGAUUGGUUGGUCAGCAGAGAGCCAGUGGCAGACGAGGAGGAAGACGUCUGCUGCUACACCUACCGCUAGCCUCCCUCCGUCACGCGCGAUAUAUAUUAAGCAAUAUUCCACUUAAUGCGAACAAACCUAAUAAAGAUCUCUCAAGUGAUGCAAACUACAAUCACACCUUUUGCUUGAAAGGGAUUUUGUUUAUCAUACCAUCGAUGCAAUGAUUUGAAGCAGCAGUUUAAAACACCGAAUGGUAAAUCGCAACUGAUGGAAUGCUCGAAGAGUGCUUGAAUGCGCGAACAAAAGAAGUCGACAAAGCACUUAUAAAAAUAGCUAAGUAAUUUGCAUAAUAUAUCCACAUGUAUUGUUGUUUGUCUAUUAUGUUUACGAAGUUUGAGAAGAGGUGAAAUUAAUCUCAAUGGGUGAAUUUUUCAUGAAAAAUUUCCCAUAUAUCUCUGCGCGGGAGGGGAUUUCCUCCUUCUUUCCUGCUUUCGUCAGUUCCGUCACGUGUAGGUCAUAACAACACACCGACACCAUGUUACUGGUGGUAAAAUUUCUGGGUAAAUCAGAGCAGUGCAGUGUAGAGAUUCAACCCAGUGACAUGGUGGAGACACUGAAGGAGCAGGUAGAGAAGUGUUUGGGUGUUCCCCCAGAACAACAGAGACUAGUGUUCAAAGGAAAACCUUUAGCAGAUUCCCAAACACUUGGUGCCUAUAAGCUGUCAAGUGGUGACAAGGUGUUUCUGACUCUCAAACCUGGUACUGGAGCCACAAGUGUGCAAUCAGCAGGAACAAAAGAACUCAGAGAAGCCUUGGAGCAGACCUUGUUACGACAUUUCAGUGCAAAAGAUGCCAAGUUGGUUUUAAAGGAAUUUGAAAAGAUAUAUGGAAAAUGUAUAAAAAGUUUAAACCUAGAUGAUAUAGAAAGACUUUCAGCUGGUAGUCUACAGGCUAGUGGUUCUUGAUCCUUGAUAUAUCAACUGACUUCACAGGAGAUGGAACACAGCAUUUUGAAUGGAAAUAAGUACAAAUAUGGUGUACUGUGACAUAAGCCCAGAAAACCUCAAAGAGAUGCCGUCAUUCUUCUUCCAGCCUUCUGAUUGAGGGAUUCAUGUCUUUUAGAGAAGAAGUUACCUCAUAUUGAACAUGUUGUCCUGUAAUGUCACAUAUUGAAGAUCAAAAGACAAAUACUGAGAUAACAAGGGCAUAUUAUUACAGAUAUUACAUCCAAAUAUUGUACAGUCUGGAUAUAAUACUGAUAUUGUGUCCAAAUAUUGUUCAUUCAGGCCAUAUUACAGACAUGCUGAAACUGUCAGUCCGAUCGGUCAUGACCAAGAAAAUUUGUCUGGACCCGU